GGCGCAGGCGCGGUGCAGGCGGUGGCUGCGGCGGCUGAGGGGGAGCGCGGCUCGGCGGGGCUGAGCGGCCCAUGGGGCCGGGCCGCGCCUCGCAUGGAGCCGCUGCGCAACAGCGGCGGUGGCGCGGAGGAGAAGCCGCGGCGGCGAGGGGUGGGGGCGGACGCCGGAGCUCCGAGGCGGAGGAGCAGCGGCGGCGGUGGCGGCGCGGCGGGCGCUGACAGCGCGGCGGGGCCGCAGCCCCGGGAACGGCUCGGCUCUGUCAGCCGGCAGCGGCGGGACUCGGUCCGCAAGAACCGCCCGCCGUUCCCAUGGUUUGGUUUGGAUAUCGGAGGCACCUUGGUCAAACUCGUGUAUUUUGAACCAAAGGACAUCACAGCUGAAGAGGAAGAAGAAGAAGUGGAAAACCUCAAAAGCAUCCGUAAAUACCUGACAUCAAACGUAGCUUAUGGAUCCACAGGCAUCCGGGAUGUGCACUUGGAACUAAAGGACCUUACCCUGUGUGGACGUAAAGGCAAUCUGCACUUUAUACGCUUUCCUACUCAUGACAUGCCUGCUUUUAUCCAAAUGGGAAGCGAAAAGCACUUCUCAAGCCUCCAUACUACCUUAUGUGCCACGGGAGGUGGAGCGUACAAAUUUGAGCAGGACUUUCUCACAAUGGGUGACCUUCAGCUUUGCAAACUGGAUGAACUCGAUUGCCUUAUUAAAGGGGUUCUGUACAUUGAUUCCGUUGGCUUCAAUGGACACUCAGAGUGUUACUAUUUUGAGAACCCAACGGAUGCUGAGAGAUGUCAGAAGCUCCCAUUCAACCUGGAGAACCCAUAUCCUCUCCUCCUGGUGAACAUCGGCUCAGGGGUCAGCAUUUUGGCUGUGUAUUCAAAAGACAACUACAAGCGGGUGACAGGCACCAGCCUUGGAGGAGGAACCUUUUUUGGUCUCUGCUGCCUUCUGACUGGUUGCUCCACCUUUGAAGAGGCCCUCGAGAUGGCAUCCCAUGGGGACAGCACCAAAGUGGACAAACUGGUGCGGGACAUCUAUGGAGGAGACUACGAGCGGUUCGGGUUGCCAGGCUGGGCUGUGGCAUCCAGCUUUGGAAACAUGAUGAGCAAGGAGAAGCGGGACUCUGUCAGCAAAGAGGACCUGGCCAAGGCUACUCUAAUAACCAUCACGAACAACAUUGGCUCCAUAGCCCGGAUGUGUGCACUGAAUGAGAACAUCAAUCGAGUGGUGUUCGUUGGCAACUUCCUUCGGAUCAAUACCAUCUCCAUGAGGCUCCUGGCCUAUGCUUUGGAUUACUGGUCGAAAGGACAGUUGAAAGCACUCUUCUUGGAGCAUGAGGGUUAUUUUGGUGCAGUCGGGGCUCUGCUGGAACUCCUGGAUUCCCCUUGACUCUGCACAGCUUCCUGACGUUGGAUCUAUGGCGUCGGGGCGCUUCCUGGGUCACCCCAUCUCAUUGGAAGCAAAGGGAAGGACUCUUGUGUUCGUGUCUCUGUGAACCCCAUCCUCAGUGACAAGCAGGUUGGUUCAGGAGGAGGACGUGCAGCUGCACUGCUGAACAUGGUGCUUGACCUUCAGCACUCCCAUCACGUCCCCCUUUCCAUAUAGCCUGUGUGUUUAAUGGGAUGGAACAGCAGGAAUCCAUCAGGAUCCCUGUGUGUGCAGCAUGUGCUGGGUUCAUGCUCCCAGAGCUCAGCCUGCAGCGUUCUGUGUCAUG